GCUCAGGUCCUGGUCAUCCUGAUGGAUGUGUUCACGGACGUGGAGAUCUUUUGUGACAUUCUAGAGGCGGCCAACAAGCGCGGGGUAUUCAUCUGUGUGCUCCUGGACCAGGGUGGCGUGAAGCCGUUCCAGGAGAUGUGUGACAAAGCCCAGAUCUGUGAUACUCAUCUCAAGAACAUUUCUAUCCGGAGUGUAGAAGGAAAAGUGUAUCGUGCCAAGUCAGGCAGGAAAUUUGUUGGCCAAAUCCAAGAGAAGUUUAUCAUCUCAGACUGGAGAGUUGUCUUAUCCGGAUCAUACAG